AUGCCCAAUAUUGAAAAUUUAGAAAGAAAUAAAUUCACCAAUAAAUUUACUAAACCUACUAUCCAAGCUCACCGGGAAGAAAUCCUCUAUCGGGAAGAUAUCAAAACCUCCUUUGGUUAUGCCAUUGCGGGCCUGACUAUCUCGCUGGCUAUUGCGGGUGGAGUCUAUGUCAUCGCCGAGAAUGAACCAGAAUUAGAAAAUAAUAGAAUAGACACUGAACCAAGCCCGCAGGAAAAACCCGAACCAGAUAAUAACCAGCCCGAACCUGACUCAAUUAGGAA